AUAGACCUUUGGUUGCGAGAUGGGGAGCUGGAAGUGUUUGAUGCUGUUGUGCACGUUUCCUUUGGCGCUGAAAAGUGACGAUGACCUUGUCAGCUUCCUGAGAGAACUGGACCCCGGACUCAUGACGCGGGAUGAGCCGUUUAUCAUCAACCCGGACGCCGAGAUAAACUCCCGUGAAGCUUUGGAGCGAGCGGACGUCAGCGCGACCCCCGGGCCGGUGGUCAAGACCCAAAGUGGCCAAAUCAAAGGGAUCAGCGCCGACAAGGCCCACAUAUUCUACGGGAUUCCAUUUGCAGACCCCCCUGUCGGGGCUUACCGCUGGAAGCCCCCCAGACCUGUGAGUCCUUGGAAUGGGGUUUACGACGCCACCUUCCCCAGGGCGCAGUGCAUGCAGGGCUGCAGAGGACCGGUCGCUGCGGAUUGUCCUCAAAAUGUCAGCGAGGACUGCCUCUAUCUGAACAUCUUCGUCCCUCUGGACGUCAACUUCGACUCCCCGCCACAAAGUCCACUUCCUGUGAUGGCCUGGAUCCACGGAGGGGAUUUCAUCGCCGGUUCGGCCUCCAAGCCGCUGUACGACGGCCGCUUCUUGAGCAACUUCAGCCGCACUAUAGUCGUGAGCCUGGAAUAUCGACUUGGUGCUUUCGGGUUCCUUGUGUCCGGUAAAGACCCUGGCACAGCCGUUGUUGGGAACUACGGCAUCCUGGACCAGCAGGCGGCCCUGCUCUGGGUCCAGAGGAACAUCGCUGUGUUUGGGGGGGACUCCAGCAAGGUGACUUUGUUCGGGGAGAGUGCAGGUGCUCAGUCAGUGAGUGUGCACUUGAUGGUCCACAGCAGCGCGCCGCUCUUCCAACAGGCCGUCCUGCAGAGUUUACCUUUCUCCAUCCCACUCAAGGGCAGACACGACGCCCUGAAGCUGGGCAAAGACUUUGCCAAGAGGACCAACUGUUCCGUCAGCGAUGUGGUCUGCUUGCGGUCUCUCACACCGCAGGCCGUGCUGGAGGCGCAGAUGAAAACAAGUUCCAGACUUGUGAAUCCGUUCAGGUUCCUGGAGGUGUUUGAGACGUGGGGCCCCUUCGUGGAUGGCGACUUGAUCAAGGAGCAGGCUCUCACCGCCUUCCUAAAUGGCCGCUGGCAGAAAGAGAAGCCCGUGCUGCUGGGUACCACGUCGGAAGAAGGCGUGCUGUUCGUGUACGGCGUGUUCGGCAAGGCCGUGUCUGCGGUGGAGUCCAUCAUGUACGUGACGGCAAUCUUCAAACAACACGCCCUCAGGAUCCUGCACCAAUACCUGCCUCGCUACACACACGCCGAUCGUAGAGACAUGCUGGCUCAGAUCGUCACAGACUUCGUCUUCCUGUGUCCGUCGCGCAGGUCGGCACGUGUGGCCUCAGAAGCCGGCAGCCAUGUUUGGAUGUACGUCUUCGACCACGUGGUGUCCGACCCCCGCGUCUGGUCGGGUCUGACCUUCUGCUACCAUCACGCCUGUCACGGCGCAGAGUUGCCGUUCGUCUUCGACUCGGCGCCGGUGGCCAACUUAACCAUGACGCCAACCGAGAAGCUGCUGGCCAAUCGCAUGCUGUGCUAUUGGGGCGCCUUCGCCCACACGGGAGACCCCACCUCAAGGACACGCCAGACCGCCUUCUGCCGGGAGCAGCGUCUGCCCGUGUGGCCUCGCUACUCCGACACCAGCAGCUGGCUGCUCAUGAACCUGACGCUGCGCUCUCAUGCACAAGUGGAGACCAGGAGCCAUGUGUGUGACUUCUGGGACCAUCUGGGGGUCUACUAG